AAAAAAUAUUAUCACGUAUCAGAGCUGACGUCAGUGCUGUAUUCAUGCGCAUUUAAUGAACACUCUUCCGACUAGCCGGUGUGUGUAUUAAAUCAACUUAUUGACCAUCAAAAUACGCAAAAUGGAUGAGGAUUACGACGUCAUCGUUCUUGGCACAGGCCUAACGGAAUGCGUGAUGAGUGGUCUGAUGUCCGUGAGUAAGAAGAAGGUCCUUCACAUGGACAGGAACGACUACUAUGGUGGGGAGAGUGCUUCUCUUACCCCCCUUGAACAGGUAUACAAGCACUUCAAGAUGGGAGUGCCACCCCCAGAGACGAUGGGUCGUGGAAGGGACUGGAAUGUGGAUCUUAUCCCAAAAUUCCUCAUGGCUAGUGGAAAGCUAGUGAAGCUGCUGGUGCACACAGGGGUGACACGCUACCUGGAGUUCAAGUCCAUCGAGGGCAGCUAUGUGUACAAGGGCGGCAAGAUCUACAAGAUUCCCGCCGAUGAGAAGGAGGGACUUAGUACUUCUCUGAUGGGUAUUUUUGAAAAACGGCGUUUCAUCAAGUUUUUCCAGUUUCUACAAAACUUUGAUAUAAAUGACCCAAAGACUUGGCAUGGAAUGGACCCUAAACAGACAACCGCAAAGGAAAUGUUUGAGAAGUUUGGUUUAGAUGACAACACACAAGACUUCAAUGGGCAUGGCAUUGCCCUGUACCGUUCUGAGGAGUACAAGUCUGCACCCUUGAUAGACUUCGUAGAGCGGGGCAAGCUGUAUUACGAGUCGCUGGCUAGGUUUGGAAAGUCACCCUACCUGUACCCCUUGUAUGGUCUUGGAGAAUUGCCACAGGGGUUCGCUAGAUUGAGCGCCAUCUAUGGCGGUACGUACAUGUUGAACAAGCCUGGCUGCCAUAUCAAGUAUGGAGAGGACGGCAAGGUGAUCGGUGUAGAGUCUGAGGGGGAGGUGGCCAGGUGCAAGAUGGUCAUCUGUGACCCAUCAUAUGCACAGGACAAGGUCAAGAAAACUGGACAGGUUGUGCGCGCUAUCUGCAUUAUGAAUCACCCGGUACCCAACACCAAGGAUGUGCUGUCUGUGCAGAUUAUUAUCCCACAAAACCAAGUCAAUCGCAAGCAUGACAUCUACGUCAGCGUGGUAUCCCACACCCACCAGAUAGCUGCCAAGGGUUUCUUCCUAGCUAUCGUCAGCACAACCGUAGAGACCAGCAACCCCGAGGCUGAGUUGCAAGUGGGCCUAGACCUUUUGGGACCAAUCGAACAAAAGUUUGUUACCGUCAGUGACAUGUAUGAACAAAAGGAUGGUACCGAAAGUUCUAAUGUGUUCAUCUCCAGAUCAUACGAUGCUACAUCCCAUUUCGAAACAACAUGUGAUGAUGUGUUAGACCUUUAUGAAAAGAUAAUGAAAGAGAAAUUUGACUUUACCCAAGUUAAUCUUACCCAAAACGAGGAGAUGUAAGAGAAGAUGUUGGCGAUAAAUCCAGACCUUGAGAAGAAAAAAAACAACUGUUUUAGACUCGAAGACAUUUGUUCAAGUUUAAGAAUAUUCGAAGAAAGUUGUUGAAAUCGUUAAGAUUUGAAAUUUUGUCUGAGAAUGCUUUGUGUUGCGGAUGUGUCCUACAAGUACUGAAAAUGCUAUAUCAAUGUUGUGUAAUCAUUAUUUAUCUUUCUACUUUUUUCGAAUCAUUGAUUUGUGAUAGAUGUUGUACCCAGGCGUGUGACAGGGAUAGAUAUCUUACCUUAGGCUUUUACAAGUCUUGCUUAUUCAUGAUGUUCUGUUGAACGCAUUUUAGAUGUACAUCAUUCUUACACACAUAGGAAUCGUGUUUUUUUGCCUAAUUGUCUUUUUUCCUGUCAGUAUUAAGAAAAGAAUAAUGUUUGGUUGCUGGGUUUAUAUUUGUAUGAGAUUUUUUUCGCUGUUUUGAUUUAAAUACCAUGAACUGGAAUAAGCACUUUGAUGACAUUACAAUAUUAGUAACAUUUGACACCAGUUACUAGACACUAUUUUUCUCAAUAAUAUUAUUUAAUACUCAGAUGAGAUUGAUGGUUUUUAGCCACAGUAAAUGUUUGUGAUAUGUUGUACAGUGUGGGUAAUUUUGCCAAAUUUGGGGCCAAUAUUCUGCCCCAUGCCUAAUGUCAAAAAGUACAUAUUUUUCCAAAAGACUACCUAAAAUUCCCAAUUGAUGGUUUUCAAAAAAUAAAUGGUGUAAAUAAAAGGCAACAUUUAGUUAAUUCCCAUAUCCAGCUCUAUGGCGUGAGCCGCUGUAAAUAUAAUUUUGAAAACACUUAUUCUUUAUUCUAAAGUAUUUGUUAACAAAAAUGUCCCAAUCUAAACUGUCCCGGCCCCAUUUCCCAAAAUGUAAACAAAGACACUGGUUUUAUGUCUUGUAACAAAACUUCCAAUUUUCUGUAACAAGGCUUCCACUGCAGACCAAUAAUCCCUUGCCUGUUUAGCUGUACUGGUGGUGGUCUGCCUAACAGGAUCAUAACAUUCCUAAGAUGUGUGUCGCAGUAAAUUCUUAUGAUUUUUCACCAAGUAUUGGAAGUGAACUGAAUUGAUUCAGUGUGAAUACAUGUACAGCAGCUGUUGUGAGUUCAGAUGAAAAAAAUGUUCUCUUUGUAGGCAUUAAAUCCAUGCAUACAUUUGAUUUCUUUUAUUUAACCCAUUUAUGCCUAGCGUCUAGAAAAAAGGCCUUGGCAAACAGCGUAGACCCAGAUGAGACGCCGCAUGAUGCGGCGUCUCAUCUGGGUCUACGCUGUUUGCUUUAAGGAAUUUCUGUAAGAAAUAUUCUAAAUAUAGAAAUAAAUAUAUUAGGCAUCCCUAAUUUUGGAAAUAAAUUGAUCCAAUUUAGAAGGAUUGGAUAGUCCACUAGGCAUAAAUGGGUUAAUAACAAAGUUUUUUGCAAUCAGUUAUCAUUUUUACACUGCCGGUUGAUUGUUCUGUGCAUAUAAAUUUUCAUUGAAAUUGCUUUUCUUUUAUCAGUUUAUUGAGUCUAUAUUGAUAACAUUUUGAUUGUUCUACUGUGAGUAGUGUGCAUUUCAUAAUGCUAUAAUGCUAUAUCGUCAAUUCCUUGUAACAUGUGUAUUAUAAGUUGAUUAGUGUGCAAUAUUGUAUGGUCACAUGCUUGAUAUUGACUGAUUAUGAUACGUUUAUCCUAUUAAGAAAAUAGUGCUAUGUUGCUGAUAAUAUCUGAAUAUAUUUAUUAUGACAAAAUAACAUCUUUGUUUUUAAUCUUAUCUAAAAUCGAUGGAAACAAAACACAUGGACUUGUUGUAUGAUUUGAAACUUAUUUAAUGUUAUAAUUUAUUCAAAUUACAUGGUUUACAGUCUACAUGUAUAUUAAUUUGAUUUAAUUUUAUCAUUAUGUUCCAUUCUGUAAUGAAUGUUACUCUUGUUCAUGCUUUCUCUUUAAAGCACGUUUUAAUAAAAACAAUGUAAAUUUCUCAA